AGUCUCGGCGUGUGGACCAUCGAAAACAAAUAUCAUGCUAUCUCUUUUGUAUCCGAAUGUCGGCAAGAAUGGGAAGACUCUGUUUGGAGAAGGAAAAAAAAUAUCAUUUGGUGUUCUAGCGCAUCUACUCUUGAGCCCGGUUCUGCCUAACCCGGUCAUCCACCUCCGACGAAAGAAGUGCUGGCGCGAGUAUUGGAAGUGGUUGCUCCACCUCUCCUAUCAUCCCAUCGUCAGUCUGGAUCCCGCAUACCGAAAGCACGGGAAGAAAUCACUUUUUACUAAAUCUCCAAUUGCCGACAGACAGCCGAUACGAGUCAUUGCAGGAUCGAGCACCCCUUCAUCGUCAGUCGUAACUCGAUCCACUCCACUCCUCCAAAACUCUGCUCACUACACUCUAUCUAAAGAAAGCCAUAAAUCCAUCAAAUCCAUCAAAUCCAACAGUGAUCAUUGUCAGCUACCUUAGAGAUCCUCCCCCCGACCUACGAAGACUGAUGAUGAUGCCUGUUGGAUUUGAUGGAUUCAUGGCUUUCUGUGGAUAGAGUGUAGUGAGUAGAGGUUUAGCAGGAUCGAUCACUUACCUCCCUUUUAUACUGCCUGCGAGCAGGCAGCAGUCAGAAAGUCAUGCCGUCAAUAUGGUGUUGUUGAGAUGGCUUACCGUGGAUCGCAAUAAGGCGAGACUUAAUUUUUUUUCUAGGGCAUUCUUGUCCCCUUCUGUUCAUCAUCCAAGGUAGCCCGCAUCUUUUGUACGUUGAUGUUAAAUCAACGAUUUUCAUUACAUUUUCAUUUGUUUGCAACCCGCCUUAAAGGGGUGCGGUGCAAAUACUCUAUUUAAACCCCGCUCCUCCAACAGCAAGACAGAAAUCACUAGAUUCAUCAAGGCGCGUACCAAAUUCAAGCAACUCACUUCCUCGACACCUCAGCCCGCGACUCGAUAUACAAGCCACCCAGCAAAUCGAACGGUAUUCUAAUAGCCAACGACGGCGCAUUGAUCGCAGUACAAGUUCAUCGCCAAACGACAUUUGAAGGUUUCGGCGGUUCUUUUUUUCUUACCUUCGAAUUCCACCGACUAACGUCCGAUCGUUGAUGCAGAUAUCAGAUAAGAAGAACUUUGCACACAAGAGAGGGAGAAAACGGUUUCCCCCUUUGUUGCGUUUCUCUCUCUCUCUCUCUCUCUCUCUCUCUUCUCAUUUCUCCUUGCUGAAAAUGUACGAGAAACCAUCGCACAGACUGAGGUCUCAUAUUGCGAGGAGAUGACAUGAGUCCCUAGGCUUCUCGCCGUGUCUUUUUCUUCGCGUUCUGUGUUGUGCUAUAUUACUAUUAGAUCAACACGACCUGAGUUCAUCAUAGGUGAGAGUAGAUAGAGCUGCUAAACUUCCCAUUCGUUGGUCAACAUGUCGUGAGUAAGCAAAUUGAUAAAAGAGGGAAAUAAAAACGCUUGAUGCGCAAGCAUGGUGGAAAUCACCAAUCUC